CACGGGGGCGCCAGAGAGCGCACCUCUCCGCUAAAGAUGUGAAAAUGGCGGAGCUACAAAUGCUUCUGGAAGAGGAGAUUCCAGCGGGACGAAGCGCGCUGCUGGACAGCUUCACUAAUUUGGAAAGAGUCGCGGAGUACUGCGAGAGCAACUAUGUCCAGUCUCCAGACAAGCAGAGGGCGCUGGAGGAGACCAAGAACUACACCACCCAGUCUCUGGCCAGCGUAGCCUACCUGAUCAACACGCUGGCCAACAAUGUCCUGCAGAUGCUGGACAUCCAGGCCUCGCAGCUCCGCCGCAUGGAGUCCUCCAUCAACCACAUCUCACAGACGGUGGACAUCCACAAAGAGAAGGUAGCACGGCGGGAGAUCGGUAUCCUCACCACCAACAAGAACACGUCCCGCACGCACAAGAUCAUCGCCCCGGCCAACCCCGAGAGGCCUGUGCGAUACAUCCGCAAGCCCAUCGACUACAGCCUGCUAGACGACAUGGGCCACGGAGUUAAGUGGUUGCAAAGGUUUAAGGCCAGCGCUCAGAACAUGAAGGCCGGAGGAGGUGGACUCCCUCGCACCAACCCCCCCACACAGAAGCCCCCGAGCCCACCCAUGACGGGGAAAGGGACGCUUGGGCGCCACUCCCCCUAUAGGACGCUUGAGCCGGUGCGUCCACCCGUUGUCCCUAACGACUACGUCUCAAGCCCGACGCGCAACAUGGCGCACCCCCAGCAGAGCCCUGCACGCACUGCAUCUGUUAAUCAGAGGAACCGCACGUACAGCAGUGGGAGCAGCGGAGGCAGCCACCCCAGUAGCAGUCGCAGCAGCAGCCGAGAGAACAGCGGCAGUGGCAGCGUGGGCGUGCCCAUCGCCGUUCCAACCCCAGCCCCGCCCACCGUUUUCCCAGGUUCAGCCCCUGCCCAGUCCAACGCAACCAAACCUCCCCCAAACACUGCCACAGCCCCUGGGCCCCCUUCCUCUGCCCUAGACGGCCCCCCACAAGCCCCCAAUCCCCCUGUAGAGAUCCCGCCUGUACCCCCACCCCCUCCCCAACUCCCUGCCUCCACGGUACCUACUGGCACAGGCCCUGCUACUUAUAGCAACCCUGCACAAGGUGCUCCUCAGUUCUACAGCAUGAACCGCCCCGCGCAGCAGCCUCAGAACCCUCCGGUGGGAGGCUCCCUGCCGUACCGCCGACCCUCGUCCGUCACUGGUCAGCCCAACGUGACCCACAACCAGAGCCAGCUUAACGGGGGGCCACACUUUGCCCAGAACCAAGCAGGCCCGCUCGUGCCCCCUCCCCCCUCCAUGCAGAUCACCCCUCAGCUGCCUCUGAUGGGCUUUGUGGCCCGUGUUCAGGAGACUAUCUCAGACGUGCCACCUCCGCCAGCCGACGAGCCGGUGUUUGAGGAGCCCACGCCUCCUCCGCCGCCACCUGAAGACUACGAGGACGACGAGGAUGAAGAAGAGUCGGCGGUGGUGGAGUACAGCGACCCCUACGCUGAGGAGGACCCGCCCUGGGCCCCACGCAACUACCUGGAGAAAGUGGUGGCCAUCUAUGACUACACCCGCGACAAAGAGGACGAGCUUUCGUUCCAGGAGGGCGCCAUCAUCUACGUGAUCAAGAAGAACGACGACGGCUGGUUCGAGGGCGUCAUGAACGGGACCACGGGCCUCUUCCCCGGCAACUACGUCGAGUCCAUCAUGCACUACGCCGACUGAGCGGCGCCUCCCUGAGCAGGAGAGGAAACGGGAGGAGCGCUUGUUGGGGAUGGGAGCGGGGGGAGGGAAGGGUUAAAGGUCAAAGACUUUGAUCGAACAGAGCAUGAUCACCUCCGGGCGAAGAGAGCAAAGAGCAGGGAGGCAAAGAGGAGGCAGUUUUUUGGGGUUUUUUGAAGAAGAAAUUGGACAUGACAGACUGGAUGCUCAGUCAUUCUCGUGACAUAGUCGCCGCUAUAAAACGACCACUACUCUAGAUAUAAGCUUCCCUGUAACAUUUCUUUCUUUGUGACUUUGUUUGAUUAACGAGGAGGACUGGGCGGUGAUGGGUUUGUUACGUUUUGAGAGUUUGUUUCACACUACGAGGCCACUAAAUUGAUUUCUGCUUCUUUUGUUUUUUAUUCCUUGUGUUUUUAGCAGUUUGCCCAAUAUUUAUUUGUAGUGGGAGGGGGGGAAGAUGAGCGGGUAGAUGAGGCCUCGGAGAAAAAGGGCUGGAGGAAAAUGCCUUCAGGUUUCGUUAUCUCAGACACUCCAGAUACAACAGCGAUAUCCUCAGUGAGACGCAUGGAUGGGCGGGUGAGGGCACGGAGCGUGCCAAAGCUGAUGAAGAUAAGCACAUCAGAUGUCUUAAUGUGAUCCACGAAGCUAGAUAAAAGGGGGAAAUCCUCCUUAAGAGUGCUUUAAAUGAUGAACUUUGCUCGUUUUUGUUCCGUUUGCGUGGUUAAAGCGGACAAGUUUAGUCACUACAUGCUUUACUUUGCAGUUUUCAGGUGAAGGAAUCGUCAUCCAGCCCUCAAAUCAGAGAAAGGCGUGGAUUUAAAGUCUGCAGCUCCCGUGAUAAAGUUGGAUGAACAGUUGUGGCGAGCCGUUUACUUUUAUGUCUUUAUUCUAUUUCUUUUGCCGUUCGCCAAGAGUUGGCGGUCGAGUUUUGCUUACAGAGCGGCAGACUGCAUGUUUGAACUAAUGGAAGGAGAGGGGGGGGGACAAAAAGCUUCUUUUCUGCUCUACUGAUGAUUAAUGUCUUAAUAUUUUUAGAUAUGGUGUGGUUUUGGUUUUUGAUAUUCACCCACGACAAACCACGACGACGAUGCAUUUAGGUCAUUUCUAAGAUGCUUGUGCCAUAUUGAAGUGUGUGUGUUGCUGUUUCAGAGGUUAUCACUUCAUUUUGCAAUAAAAAUCGGCCGGAGGGAAGCGGGACUGUCGUCGAAUUACAGAUCUUUAGUUUUUCCCGAGCUGUUUGAAAUCAGAAGCACAUACAUUUGUAGUGAAAAGUUUAAAAAAAAACAAAAAGGUGUAGAAGAAAUAUUAUAAAUGUGAAGAUGUAUUAUGCCCUCAGACACAGGAAUUAUUGAAUAUGAAAAGAAGCCAGGUGUUGUGUUUUGAAACGGUUUUAAGCAUCACAUUAGGGCCCCGAUACUUCUCUUUGUUUUUUUUUUUUUAAAAAGACAGUGAGUUUAGGCACCAUUCGUCCUCCGUACAGUUUUCGAUGCGCUUGGCUGUUGGGUGUUUGCGAGGGCUCAGUGCUUGUACUUCUGUCAGGAUCUUUUUAUUUUCUACUCCCAAAAAAGAAAAAGGAGAAAAAAAAGAAAAACAACAACAACAAGUGGAUCUGUAUGUGAGUCUUGCAUGCCAUUGUUAUUAUCUGUACUGGUGUCCCUGAAACCUACGUGGCAAGAUCACCCAUUUCUAAAAAGGCAAGCAGCCCUGCAGCUCUGACCAGGUACCGCCAGCCUCAUCCAAAGAGACUGUACAACUUUACUUCGAGCCCAUGUCCGAGGAGCCGCUCGCUGACCUGUGGGGGAGGAGGGACAGAGGGAGGGGAGGCACUCGGCUUCCUCCUCCCCCCUGACAGUAGCCGUCAUCAGUGGUGAAAAAUCGUUUUUUUUGUGUGUGCAUAAGCUGCUAGUGAAUCCUGCGGACAGACUGCAGGCGGGAGAUGAAUGAGAACUUUGACUCUUGUUGCAUAACACUCAUAAACUGACACUAAAAAAAAAUAGAUAUAUAUCUGAGUGAGGCCCUCUGGUCUGCAGGAUUCACAGCUUCCUGGAGUCACAGACGUCCCGUCGGGAUGUCGAGUUUAACAGUCCAUAAUGCCAUUGUGUUGCACAGUUAAAGUUGAAUUGCAGAAGUAUCAUAUUUGUAAAAUCAUGAGAACAAAGACAAUAAAAUUAUUGAGAUUUA